AUGAUGUACAUUGGUUCUACAGCAGUAUCAGUGACUCUGCGCGAAUCCAAUCGUAUGUCGGUUCUGCGUAAGUUGGAACAGGGACAGGAAGUGCAAGCAGAGUUGUCCAUCAGAUACUGGCAUCAGAAUCAAUGUUUUCAGCAGUUUACACUUUUACAGAUUGCUUCAUGUUCAACAUACAAACAGGCGUGGACAUUGGAACAUCUACUGAUUUCGCAGUGGCAACCGAAGCUCAACUAUCCAUUUGUGCAGGUAUUUCUCAAACGUACAGCUUUGGGAUUUCGCCCGGCCAAACAACAGCGACAUACAGCCUUCGGCAAAUUUGGAGUUCGUCUCUGGCGUAAGUUCCGGAAGAGACUCCAUGUUUCGUCGCAGCCGUUGUGCUUUGCUGUGACCCGUAGACAUGCGUGGGAGUUGCUCUUUGACAUUGCCAGUUUCACCAGAGCCAGCUUUGAAGCUUUGAAGUUGUUGCGCAGCGAGCGUUUUGUGGAUGACGACGUAUAUGCCAUCCUUCGUCUCAGUUUGAGUCUGGAAGAGCCGCUGAAGACCCGUGUACGGCAGUUGCUUAGAGGUGUGGUAAGGCACCGACUAAUGACUUGGCCGAGUGGUCAUUCAUCUUUGAGAAUUCCUUUCCUUGCUCACGCUGGAUUUGCUCACAGUCUGGAGCGUUGGCUGAGUGCAACAGUUCAGAGAUUCAAGCAUGUGCUUGUGCCUUUUCAUCUUCCUAGUCGGAAAAUCCGUGAGACCAAGCAUCAAGCCUGCAAGGAUUUGCUUCACAAUGUUCCCAAGUGGGAUCAGUUCCUGCAGCAGAAUGGAACUCAGCAGUUACCGUGCCCAUGUGCUCAGUUCCGAGAUCGCCUGUCUCCAGUGUGCUUUGUGCAGGGACAUGUGGCCACUGGCGUUGAAAUGCUCGGAGCAAUUCAUUCGGAGUUGCAGUUUUUGGGACAGGGUAGCGCUAAUUCUACAUUCUUUCCGUCGCUGCAGCAGUAUCUGCGUGUCGCUUGCAAAGGGUUUGGUACUUGGAGAAAAGUGCAUGGCUUACCCCUGUGCCUUGAGGACGACUUUGUUGAGUUUUUGAAACAGCAGUGGCACUUACAUUCAGCUUCUGUUCAGCAACAUCAUCGGCUGGAUUGGCGGCUGGUACAAAGAUGUAAGCAGGCGUUGAACCCCUUUGUGGUUCACUGCGAGGAUCACCACCCGAACCACCUGAUGGUGUUCUGCCCACAAUUUUACUUUGCUAGCGUUUUGCGCACGUGGUCUGAUCCCCUAGUGUUUGAGCCGUUGAGCAGUAGUUCUGAUGAGUUGCGGUCAUGGCUGUUCGCGCAGAUUCCAGCUGCUUUGAAGAGGCAGUAUCCGUGGGGAGUUGACUUGAAAGGUUCUCUGCCUGUUGGAUUUGUGCUUCUCAAACGGAAGAAACAGUUUCUCAAAGGACGCACCAUUGUGUCCUACUUACAUGCUCCUUUGCGAAAACUACUCAACGCAACUGCUUAUGUCAUCCAGCUGAUGGUUCGCGCUAUUUGGCCCAGCAUCGAAGAGUCACUUCCCGCCACAUGGCGGAAACUUCAUUUUCUGCUGCGGGAUUUGCCGACUCAUGUGCAGCUUCUUGAGUUCAAUGAUGAUCUAGUUGGUUUUUUCAACAGUGUUCCUCGUGACAUGAUUGUGCAUGCUUUGGAAGUGCUGAUUCAGCAGUAUGUGGAGUCUACAGGAACGGACAUGUUUGCAAUUGAUCUGCGUGCAAACAAGCCCACUUCAGAGAGAGCGCUGCCGCAUAGGCCAAGGGGUGGUGCUUCUGUGCACACACGUGUGCUGCAUCUCAAGCAUGUUGUCAGCGUUGUGCAGUUGUCGUUUCUGACUGGUGUCUUUGUAGCAAAUCACCAGUGUUAUCGGCAAAUUCGUGGGACUUGCAUUGGCAACCAGAUAUCUCCAGUGCUAUCCAGUCUUCCGGUAAUUCUUCGUGAAAGAGUAUGGCAAAGGUCAUUUCAGCUGCAGAUUGCGCAGCAGGGUAUUCUUCCGAACCACAUCUUUAUUUGCAGGUAUGUGGACAACCGUCUCAUGCUAUGCGACGCAUCGUGCAGUCAACUUGGUACAGUGCGGGAAUUCCUUCACUCCGGCUUCUAUGGAUCGUCUAUUGAGCUGGAAGCAGUUACAGAUCAUUCCUUUCUUGGAUUUACGAUAUCAAUGGAGCAGCGUACAGUGCAACACAAUCAGCCAAUCAUGCCAUGGCAGAUUCGCCAUUUUUGCAGCGCUGGUUCCAUGCGAGUGCGGGUAGACUUGCUGCGUCAGCUGUACCGACUUAAAGGAAUGUUGCCUGUGCAGCCAAACGUGGGCACACCAGUGCUUGUUUCUGCAAAGGUUCCGGGAGUGUUAUCCAAGGCUUCAGGACCUCCGCUAGCGCUGUCUCAGUCACACACGCCUAGUCCUGCAGCGGCUGUAGCUGCUAUUGUAGCUCGACAUACAGCGGACUCUGCAGUUGCACCGGGUGAUCCAGGGGCUGAACUUACAUUGAGCCAAGCUGAGAGCACGCUUCUGGACGAGACUUCCAUGUAUCAGUUGUUGGUGCAAGAUCAGAUGAUCAGUCCUAUGUCUCACUUUUGGCAGCUUCCUUCGCCUGAACUCAUCAAGUUUUCUGCGGGUAGAGCCAGAUGGUUGCAAGUGCAAGUUUCUUCGUGGCAGCGAGUGAUUCUCACUGACUUGCAGCGUUGCGUGCAGUACAUGCUCAGUCUGUUGCCAGCAGAUUUUCGCAAUUCGGACCAGCAGAGAUUGUGGCAGCUGCAACCUUCAGUCAUGCUUUCAUUCUGCAGAGCGAUGGUAGCAGUGAAUCUUCCGUAUCAAAGUAUGUUUCAGACGCCAGCACGCGUUUGGGCAUGUGGUGACCGUGUAGUUUGGGAGUACUCUUCUGACAAGUUCCCCGGACCGUUGACUGCGCCCACCACUGCAAGCACGGGCUUUUACCGCUGGUACCACUGCGGAGCUGAUGUGACUCUCAUCGGUGUGUUCACCUGCGGUAGGCUGCUGCGUACGUGUGCUGAAACCGUGAACAUGUCAGCAGCUGAGACGCCAUAUGCGUUUUUUGGUCGGGCUGGAUAUGAAGGCCAAGCAAGGGAUGAGGCCAAGAAAGCUGCGGAACUUGUGAUGCACCCCAAGAAUCGGACUGGUGUGCUAGUGAGCGGACGCAUCGUCACGUGUCACCACAAGAUGACUUCUUCAAGCACCUAUUGGGAAACCUUAGCCUGCAGAGAACAUGAAUUGGUGAAGAGCGCAUCCAGUGACAAACGCUGGGCGAUCCGUGAGAGCUCGGCUCGCAUUGAUAGAUUCUACCUGGUCUGCGUUAGGCCGGCUUCCGAAGCGCAGAUACCCAGUUGGGAUGCCAUUCAGGCACCAGAGCAGCAACACAUGCUUAGAUCCUUCAUGAGCAACAUGCCGGUAGAGGAUUGGUCCUGA